CUCUCUAUAUCCUUAUAAUCCGUUUCGAACACAGGUGUAUUCUUUUCGACUCUCUUUUCUCUCUCUCUUUUUUAGAUCUAGGUCUAGUAUUAUGGUUUGCUAGAAAAGCUUUUGGGUUUGAUUUUUUGUUUGUGACAAUCUGUGACGGCUUUUUGUUUAUCUUCGAGUAAUCGCUAAUUAAUCCAAAGAUCUAACCCUUAGUAAUUAGUCAGGAUGAGCACACCCCAGGAGCCACACCGCCCUUUCUUUUCAUUUGGAAAUCCUUUCCGGAUGAUGUCACCAAAGGGCUCUCAGUUGACCCCUAGGCUUCUCUCUUUGUUGAAUGCUUUCGAAGAGACCUUGGUGGAGAGGUUGAAGAAACUUAUCCCAAAGGACAAGGAUGAUGUUCUUAGCUUAACAUGGAUGAAAUCUGCAAUGGAGUCACUUUGUGAGACUCACACUGACAUAAAGACCCUGAUUACUGAUCUUGAGCUCCCUGUAGCAAACUGGGAUGAGAAAUGGAUAGAUGUGUACCUGGACAUCAGUGUGAAGUUGCUUGACAUCUGCAUUGCCUUUAGCUCUGAGCUUUCCAGGCUUAAUCAAGGUCAUCUCUUGCUUCAAUGUGUCCUUCAUAACUUGGAGUCCAACACUUCAAAGCAAUUUGUGCGGGCCUCUGCUUCCCUCGAUAGUUGGAGGCAACACAUCAGUUCAAAGAAUCAAAGAGUCGAGAACUGUCGCUCCAUUUUGGAAAAUCUUAGGGGAUCAUUGAAUUUGCCGAAGGUUAAGAACUCUGCUAAAGGAAAGGUCUUGAUGCGCGCAAUGUAUGGUGUUAAGGUGCAGACAGUAUUUCUAUGUAGUGUCUUUGCUGCAGCCUUCUCAAAUUCUUCAAAGAAUUUGUUAGUUUUGGAUGUCUCUGACACAAUCAAGUGGGCGCAAGCAUUUUCUGAUUUGCAGACGAAUCUCAAUGUGGAAAUUAGAGAGAAAUUUUGCCAUGGGAAGUUUACAGUUCUGAAAGAAUUGGAUGCAGUUGAUUCAAUUGUGAAGAAGUUGUAUCCUAUGAUUCAAGAUGGGGUGGGACCUGUUGAAGUGGAAGCAUUUGAAAAUUCUGUUUCAGAUUUGAGAAAAGGAUCAGAGAAGCUUUCUCAAGGAUUGGAUCUUCUUGCAAAGCAAGUGGACGGCUUUUUCAAGAUAGUUUUGAGUGGGCGUGAUGCUCUACUUUGUAAAUUGAGGGAAUCUGGUGCAGUCAAUGACACAACCUUAGGGACUAACGUAGGAGAACAGCUUGUAAGAUGAAUACAUUUAGAGCUAACUGUUUUUAUGUAUACAAAUGGUUUAGGUGUGAGAUGUUUCCUUAGUUGUACUAUCAUGUAUGGCUUAUCAUAUUAUAUGUGGUGUGAGGUAUUCUGUGGUGUUUUGAAACUGGUUUGUAAAAGUAUAUGUUGCAAUGAAAUGUUAAGGAUACAUGGAACGCUUUCUAUUGUUA